UGGAUUUAUUGCUGCUUAGGAAACAGAACUCUCUUGUUAUCUCAAAGGAGUAAUGAGCUGCAGGAUGAAGUGUGUCUCAUUUCCUGUGCACAUUAAUGCUGUGAAAUAUCUCUGAAAUAUUUCUGAUCUACUUUCGGUGCUGAUGCACUUUGCUGAUUCGGAGGGAGCGCGUGCAGUUUGGACACAAGGAGAAGAAGGAAGCAUCUGGAAGUGCGUUAUUAACCUCACCUCCGGCCUCGUAGUGCUUGUGCACUGAGUGUUUGUGAUGAGAGAGUGAACUUUGUGUCAUUGAGAUGUGUUUCAGGACUUAACCCAAACCCGAGGAUGUGUGUGUGUGGAUUUCUGACCAUUUUAUGCUCAUUUCUACUCGGCCUUGCAGCCCUUGACAAAGCUGCAGAAUGCGAAUCUGAUUGCAAUCUUGCCAAUGGGGUGUGUGACAACGGAGAGUGCAGGUGUAACCCUGGCUGGAAGGGUGCAACAUGUGAGCAGUGCAUUCCUUUCCCUGGCUGUGUUCAUGGAUCAUGUGAAAGAGCUUGGCAGUGUGUGUGUGAACAGGGCUGGCUGGGCAGUCAGUGUGACCAAGACAGCCAUCUGUGUGCAUCAAAGCCUUGUUAUGGCAAUUCAACCUGCAUUGAAACAGAAAAAGGUGGAUAUCUGUGUAUCUGUCCUCCUGGUUACGCAGGCAACAACUGCCAGAUGAAGAAAGGACAAUGUCCAGUGAACGGUUCUCCAUGUCAGAAUGGUGGAACCUGUGUGGAUGGUAAUGGAUUUGACGGUCACUCAUCUUGCUUGUGUGCUCCUGGAUUCACUGGAGAUUUCUGUGAGAUUGAUGACGCCUGUGAGUCCAGCCCAUGUCUAAAUGGCGGCACUUGCAUUGUUCGUGGAUUUGUCUCCACCUGCAUUUGUCCUCCUGCUUUCUCUGGCCCCAUUUGCAACAUUAGUCUGGCUUCAUGCUCUGACAGCACCUGUAGGAAUGGGGGAACCUGCUUAACUGAGACUGUCAGUGGAACCCAAUGUAUCUGUGCACCUGGCAUAACAGGACCAUUGUGUGACAUUCAUGUCCAGGAGUUCAAACUAAAAGCCAAGUUUAAACCUGCAAACUUAGGCCAUCCUGCCCAGCAUUAUAGUCUCCCUGCGCAUCCUUUCAACAAGCUGUUGAGACACCCUGAGCACGAGUUCCUAAAGAUCGCCAUGAAAGAGUCUGUGCAUUCCUCUAGUCCACUGGCCACAUGGAGCCAGGUUAUCUGCUUUGUUAUUUUGGGUCUGCUCACUUGCCUGGUGGUUUUGGGUACCACAAGCAUCAUCUACUUAAAUCGCUGUGAGGCGUGGCUGGCAAAUGCAAAGUAUAGCCAGCUAACGCGCAAACAGAGAAACUUCCUCCUAGGGGCCAAUGACAAGGAGCAUUCUGUACAUAUCAUCCUGCCUGAGAAAAUGAAGCUGACCAAUUACGGGAAGCACUACACAACCAUAUAACAGCUGGACCACCAGACACUCACUCUUGGGGUUUUGGUCGCAGGCAAGCUGGAGCCUAUCCCAGCUGACUACAGGCGAAAGGCAGGGUACACCCUGGACAAGUCACCAGGUCAUCACAGGGCUGACACAUAGACACAGACAACCAUUCACGGUCAAUUUAGAGUCGCCAGUUAACCUAACCUGGAUGUCUUUGGACUGUGGGGGAAACCGGAGCACCUGGAGGAAACCCACACGGACAACAUGCGAACUCCACACAGAAAGGCCCUUGCCAGCCACGGGGCUCAAACCCAGACCUUCUUGCUGUGAGGCGACAGCGUUAACCACUACACCACCGUGCCUCCCAAGAUAAAUGAUGCUUUUUAAAAAUCAAUAGUUUACUAAAGUAAACUAUAGAUUAUAAAAUUAAAACAUUUACUUUGUUAAUAUUUUACUGUAAUUUGGAUCUGGUAGUAAUGCAUUUUAAAUAUGUGUAAAUUCCAACAAAAUUAUCUUAAUGAUGUAACACAUGCAUUAUUUUUUAGAAACAAGUUUCAACCUUUUUAAUAUGACAUCCAACAAUAUAUUCAGCCUAUGUUGUCCAAACUUUUGACUGACUGUACAGUGCACAAACUACUCUAACUUCAGCAUUAUUUGGUUUGAUGUUGUUGAUGAUGAUGAUGAUGUUCAUUCCAUCCGAACUUGAGUACAUUUCCCAGUGACACACUGCCACUAAAGAAAUUCUUCCUUUUAUUUUUUUCUCAUCUCAUCUCAUUAUCUCUAACCUCUUUAUCCUGUUCUACAGGGUCGCAGGCAAGCUGGAGCCUAUCCCAGCUGACUACAGGCGAAAGGCAGGGUACACCCUGGACAAGUCGCCAGGUCAUCACAGGGCUGACACAUAGACACAGACAACCAUUCACGGUCAAUUUAGAGUCGCCAGUUAACCUAACCUGGAUGUCUUUGGACUGUGGGGGAAACCGGAGCACCUGGAGGAAACCCACACGGACAACAUGCGAACUCCACACAGAAAGGCCCUUGCCAGCCACGGGGCUCGAACCCAGACCUUCUUGCUGUGAGGCGACAGCGUUAACCACUACACCACCGUGCCUCCCAAGAUAAAUGAUGCUUUUUAAAAAUCAAUAGUUUACUAAAGUAAACUAUAGAUUAUAAAAUUAAAACAUUUACUAUGUUAAUAUUUUACUGUAAUUUGGAUCUGGUAGUAAUGCAUUUUAAAUAUGUGUAAAUUCCAACAAAAUUAUCUUAAUGAUGUAAUACAUGCAUUAUUUUUUAGAAACAAGUUUCAACCUUUUUAAUAUGACAUCCAACAAUAUAUUCAGCCUAUGUUGUCCAAACUUUUGACUGACUGUACAGUGUACAAACUACUCUAACUUCAGCAUUAUUUGGUUUGAUGUUGUUGAUGAUGAUGAUGAUGAUGAUGUUCAUUCCAUCCGAACUUGAGUACAUUUCCCAGUGACACACUGCCACUAAAGAAAUUCUUCCUUUUAUUUUUUUCUUUCUUUUUUUAUUUUCAAUUUACCUGCAUUUACCACACCUUCUCUACACUUCAAAUUAGCAUACAAAGAGUACAGUGAGAACUUUAGGUUUGUAAUAUGAAUAAACAUCUGUAAAAAUUGAAAUUAAUAUUCAUGUAUCAGUGAACUAGUAUCUUUUACAUGGUGGCUGUAACGUCUUCAUGUUGAAUAUAUUCUUGGCCACUUUUAUGUGUAAAAUAUGAUUUGGAAGUAUUUUAAGAGAAUUCAACGACAGGCCAAACUAAACUUCUUCCUUCAUGGCCUUCAUUAUGAAAUCUUAUAUAUUUCUCUGGUCUUUAAUAAAUGCAUGUGGUUAUGGUUUUAUAUUAUUACCGAUACUGCAGCCAGAAUGUGUCUGAUGUUUUGCUACCAUCUUGUGGCUAUACGUCUGUGAAAGAUUCAGGUUCCCAGCAAACACAAAACGUUUAUAAAACGUUUCAUUUGGGUUGCAUUAAGGUUAGGUUUUAUUAAACGUUUAUGAAACGUUGGUGAAAAUUUAAUAAAGUCAUAUUUGCUGACCC